AUGAAAUAUUCUCUAGAUGAAGAUGUUUUUAUAGAAUUAAAUGAUUUAGAUCAACAAUACAUUAGAAAAUUAAAAAUUACAUUCGAUAGAAUUCAACAAUUAGAAAAUGAACAAAUUUUAUUAAAAAUUCGAUUUGAACAACUUGAACAAGAAUCUAAUCGUUUUGAAGGUCAAACAAAAGAAUUUGAAAUAGAACGAAAUCAACUCAUUGAUCAGAUUCAACAAAUAGAUAAAGAUUUAAAUUCAGCUAAACAAACAAUUGAACAAAGAAAUUCUAUUAUUCAAGAAAAAUUGAAACGUAGAAAUGAAAUGGAAAAUCGUAAAGAUGAACUAGAAAAAUUCGCUUAUGUUUUUAAUUAUAAAAUUCGAGAAUUAACAAGUGAAAUGGGUCCUCGACAACGCGAAGUUCAAGCUUUAAUGGAACAAUUCAAUAAUAUGGAUACUGAAUAUGAUCUAUUAAAUCAAAACAAUGAAAAAUAUUCAAUUAAAAUAUCUGCUUCUAAAGCUCGAUUAAGAGCAACAGAAAAAGAACUUCAAUAUGAAAUAAAUUCUACACAAAUCGAUUUGGGUCAAAUGAGUUUAUUUGAUUGUGAACGGCAACGAGCCUAUUUUGAACGAACUAAUCAAAGAUUAAAAACAAAAAUCUCAUUUGAUUUUCAAAGACAAAAAAUCAUACACGUUCGGCGCAUACAAGAACAAAUAAGUAUGAUGCGUGAAAUUUCAUCUUAUGGUUUAAAAGUUAUUGAAGUUGAACGAAUAUUAACCGAUUUGGAUAUUGUAUCAAAUGUUGCUUUUAGCAUGAAUGCAACAACGUCAAAUGAAAUCGUUCAUGCACUUAAAAUUGAACACGGUUCAGAUUUUAUUGAAAGCAAACAAAUUGAAAUGAAUUUCAUAAUAACCAAUCAAGUAAAACGUAUUGAACAAUUAAGAGACUCUAUCGAGAUAUUAGAAGAAAAUUUAAGACAAACAUCGAAACUUAAUAUUAAUUAUUGUAUUUCAAAUGAUCCAUCAAUAGUUACUUCAUCAAAUUUAAUGCAUUGA